AAUUUGUGUACCGUAAUUCGAUGCAUAAAAUAUAUAAAAGUGCCCGCCCUCUCUGCAUAUCUUUAGCUUUUCAUUCUCUUUCGUCAUGAAGAUCACCGCUGCCUUCCUCGGCCUUGCUGCCGCCAUUGCUUCAGUUCAAGCUGCUCCUGCUACCAGUGGCUUAGCCGCUGCCCCCCUUGUUCAGCCCAAGACCUACACUCUACCUGUCAAGGUCAAUCCUCAGUUCAGUCGCAGUGCAAAGGCUUCGGUCUGGAAGACAGCCAACAAGUACCAAAAGUAUGUCCAGUCGAAGAAAACCUCUGUCCUCGCUAGCACUGGAAGUGUUAAUAUGACAGAUGUCCAGAACGAUGUUGAAUACUACGGCAUCGUAAAGGUUGGCACCCCUCCCCAAUCAUUCAAGUUAGAUUUCGAUACUGGUUCUUCGGAUCUAUGGUUUGCAUCGACUUUGUGCUCAUCUACCUGUUCAGGAAAGACAAAAUACGACUCCUCCAAGUCCUCCACAUAUAAGAAAGAUGGCCGCUCAUGGUCUAUUACUUAUGGUGAUGGCUCCACAUCAUCUGGUAUUCUUGCUACCGACACUGUCAACCUUGGUGGAUUCUCUAUCAAGAGCCAAACCAUUGAACUCGCAAAGAAAAUAUCCAGUUCUUUCUCAAGCGAUCCUAUCGAUGGCCUCCUUGGUCUUGCAUUCGACUCCAUCACCACAGUUAGUGGUGUAAAGACCCCUGUGGAUAACCUCAUUUCCCAGAAGUUGAUCAGUCAGCCCCAAUUUGGUGUCUUCUUGGGCAAGGAAUCCAAUGGCGGUGGCGGUGAAUAUGUCUUUGGUGGUUAUGACAGCACCAAGUUUAAAGGAAAGCUUACCACUGUCCCCGUUGAUAAUUCCCAAGGAUUUUGGGGAAUCACAGUGUCAUCCACCACUAUCAACAGCAAGUCAGCCUCCAGCUCUUUCUCCGCCAUUAUCGACACCGGAACUACUCUCCUACUCUUCACCAACUCAGUUGCUGCCAAGGUUGCUGCUGCCUAUGGAGCGACCGAUAACGGAGAUGGAACUUAUGCUAUCUCCUGCGAUGCCUCCAGCCUUUCACCGUUGUCAUUCAAAAUCAAUGGUGCUACCUUUUCUAUUCCUGCAGAAGAUCUUAUUUUUGAAAAUGACGGCGGCAGCUGCAUCGCUGGUUUUGGUUAUGCCAGUUUGCCCUUCGCUAUUUUGGGAGAUGUCUUCAUUAAGAACAACUAUGUUGUCUUCCAGCAAACUUCUUCACCAUCCGUUCAAAUAGCUUCCAUUGAAUAAUUUUGAUCUGGAAUCCGCUGCAAGUCGGCAGAUAUAAUCAUAAUGGCAAUGGUCUGACUUAUUUAACAAAUAAAGUACAUGAUAAUAUUAGCUCUACAACUAUCCUAUCUGCUUGCAUGCACAUCAGUGUUCGUGACAUAGAACCGGCUCUAGUUACAUAUCAGACUGGCGAAGUGAUGGAUCCCAUGUG